UUUGUGUGGAAUUAUCUGUUAUCAUUAGCAGUGUUUCUGCUUCUCUGCACCACAGUGACAUUGCCUCUAUCCUUUGGAAGUGACAAAAAUUGAUAACUGAGCAUAACAAGCUUCAGUCUGAGUGGAAGCUGAAUCUGUGCCUCCACAGCUCUCAUUGCAUACGUUCUGGUCAAGAGUUGGUUGCAUUUAUUUGCUCCACUUUUUUCCUUGGCCUCUUGCAAACCAGAAGACAUUACUGAAACUCAGGUGGAGUAGCCUGUAUUAGAGCUGCACCAAGAAUUCCAGGUGCUUCUGCAUUUGGGGACAUAGGUAGCUUGUUUUCCUUAAUUGCUUCCCAAUCAGAAAUUGGAUGAAUCUUCGGGAUGCAGAAACGGGGAAAAUCCUCUGGCAAGGAACAGAAGAUCUGUCUGUACCUGGAGUGGAGCACGAAGCUCGAGUUCCUAAAAAAAUCCUGAAAUGCAAAGCAGUGUCUCGGGAGUUAAACUUUUCCUCAGCAGAACAAAUGGAAAAAUUCCGACUGGAACAGAAAGUUUAUUUCAAAGGGCAGUGUUUAGAAGAAUGGUUCUUUGAGUUUGGUUUUGUGAUUCCUAACUCCACAAACACUUGGCAGUCCUUGAUAGAGGCAGCACCUGAAUCACAGAUGAUGUCAGCUAACGUUUUAACUGGUAAUGUUAUUAUAGAAACCAAAUUCUAUGACGACGACCUUCUUGUAAGCACUUCCAGAGUGAGACUUUUCUACGUUUGAGAUGAGGCUUUUUGGAGCUGUUUUAGUUUUCCUCCAUGCAGUUCUUGGUGCAGAACCUCCUGACUAUCCAGUGGAAGACACUCCUGUAGGCGGUGACCCUGGGAACCACCUCAACGUGGGUUGUGACCUUUGCCCAUCGGUUAUUUUGCUUUCUUCUCUGACCAGACCCGACCAAACCCUCAGAGACAGCACCAUCUGCUCAGCAGUGCGUUGGGGAACAGAGGCUGUCUCUGAAAAUGGGCCAACGAUGGUCAUGCAGAACCAAUACUGUAAAUUAUGUUAGUUUCCUCCUUUGUACUUCUAUGGAUCCUGUUAGAAACCUCCCAUUCCACUCAAACCAAACUCAAUGCGUUUCCUUUUUGAGGAGAUUAAGUUCACCUUCUCAUUUUCUUAUGUUGUAGGUUUUAUCCUUUCACUGGAUUUCUGUGUAACUGGUCCACGCUUCCUCUUACCCUGAACUUGUAAAAUAGACUGUGAUAUUACCUAAUGUAAUUAAAACAAAUUUCUCAAUUAAAACAUUCCUACCGUCCAAAGAA